GCAAUUCAAUUAAUUAAAGAUAAGAGAAUAUCGGUAAAAGAUGCAGUUACACAAUAUUCUAUCCCGGGACGAACGCUGUACAAUCACAUGAAUGGUCAACACACGAGAAAAGUAGGGCGUGAACCGAAUCUGAACAACAAGUGCUUCAUAUUAAGACCAUGAAUGACAUCGUAAUACCCCCAUUAGCGUCGAAAGUCAUCGAAGCGGCACCAUCGUCAUCACCCAGGAUCGGUUAUAGUCACCCCAUCGUCUAGAACAACAAAUAAACAACAUGUUAUUGCACCCCAUGGUAUAUUGACAAUUGACAAUGCCAGAACUACAACAUUAACACUAUUGAAUACAACUACAUCCAUUAAAACGAUUCCACAAGGUGCGACAUUAGGACAAAUUAAAUAUCACGAAGACAACAAAUGCUGUUAUGUUCAUCAUGAUUCAUUUAGCACACAACAACAUCAGAACACGUCCUCGACGACAUCCAAUCGAAUUACAUCAAAGUCAAAAUCUUAUUCGUCCAUCAAUAGUACGAUUCACGCUUUAACAUUACAUUUUCCACUGCAACAACAAGGACAAAUACUAUCAAUAUUGAUCAGCACAAAUCAGUAUUUGAUACAUCAAAAUCGUCAAUUAUAA